AGUGGCUUACGACACUCAGUGAACAGAAGGUGCUUCUGCAUGCGCUGUCAGUGUACUGGUCUGCUGCAAGGGAUUGCUCGCUCCUUCGCUUCCCACAUUUACCGCCCCUGCCUGCCGGACCAGCACCAGCCUCCAGCAGCCUCUUCCAGCUGGCUGACAAAACAUUUGGAGAGCAAGGGAGUGAACAAAACCUGCGAACCACAGGGGAUGCACGUCGCCUAUAAACAGAUACCAGCCACUGGGAUGACAAGGAAUGCUGUUACACAAGAAAACUGAGAAGAGGAGUCACCUCUGCAAUAUAUAUAUUUUUUUCUUGCUUUCGUCACAGGAGACACGAUUAACAGCUUAAAUGGAUUUAAACCUCAAAAGACAGUGAUUUCUUGCUGAGACGAACACAGCAUUUCAACAGCUCAGCUGAAACUUAAUCAGAGAGGAGGAGAAAAGACCGACACUCAGAAAUUAUUCUUCAUCGGUUUUUCUUGUUGCUUUGGUUGUCUCUUCUUCCCUCUGAUCCUUGCAGCAGAAGACUGCAGAGGAGCAAAAGAGACAGAGCUCAUGCAUGCAGACAGGGGAACUUGCACUUCCUACCAUCUCGCUGAAAGCUACUUGGAUUCUUCCUUUUUCUGGCUCUUUCACUUGAAAAGAACUAAGACAUUGUAAGCCUGCCAAGGAUCUGGUGUCCACUGAAAAGAGAAAAGGCGGGGGGGGAUGUGUGCCACAGUGGGGUCUUUUUCAGAUUCGUACAUAAUUAGUGUUGGGGCACAAAGCAAGAUGCUAAAUGGAGAUUGUCAGCUUUUGGAUAGGGGUGAGUAAGAAUCAUUUUGAAUAAGAGCGACUGGAAAGGACAGUUUCAUUUUUCAUCCCCUCUACUCUCCACCCACUGCCGAAUAUCUUUCAUUGGCAAAAUAGAACUGCUCUUUAUUUUUCACAGUUUGGACAAAAGACCUGUCGUUGGACUGCAUAAAAUAAAUAUAUCCAUCUCUGCAAAUACAAUACAAAGACCAAAUGAACUCAACAGUUUAAUCACAUAUGUUGAAAAAAAUGAUCUGAGAGGUGCAAAAAUAAUAUCCAGAGUGGUUCAAUGGACAUUUUCUCCCUGACAUUCCUGGAUAUUUAUGCUAAUGGAUUUCCUCCUAAUUGGACUGUACUUAAAGUGGCCACUGAAGAAACCCCCUGGGUUGAUACUGUGUUCAUUGGGUAUUUUUCUGAGAACUGUUUCCUUGGCAGAGGCGGUUUGUCCAAGGCUGUGCCGCUGCGACAGCAAGCUGCUGUACUGCGAGGGGCUCAACCUCACAGAGAUCCCCCGCAAUCUGAGCAGUGCCAUGGGCCUGUCUAUGAGAGAGAACAACUUGACAGAGCUGCAUGAAGGCCAACUAGCUGGUCUGUCACAGCUAACCUGGCUUUAUCUAGAUCAUAACAACAUUGACAUUGUAGAGGAGGGUGCAUUUGAGAAGCUGAGACGGGUCAAGGAGUUGGACCUGAGCAGCAAUCGGAUUGAGAGUCUGCCAAAUGGUACCUUCAGGCCCCUCCCAAACCUACGCAUUUUGGAUCUCUCAUACAACAGGCUGCAGGCACUCGAGCCCGACCUGUUCCAUGGCCUUAGAAAGCUCACCAAUUUGCAUUUGCGCUACAACACUCUCAAAUUUGUGCCAGUGCGUAUUUUUCAAGACUGCAGGAGCAUGCAGUUUCUGGACUUGGGAUACAACCAACUACAGAGCCUGGCAAGGAAUUCCUUUGCUGGUCUUUUCAAGUUGACUGAGUUGCAUCUUGAGCACAAUGAGUUGGUCAAAGUUAACCUAGCCCAUUUUCCUCGUCUUAUCUCUUUACGUACCCUUUACAUGCACAACAAUCAUGCCACAAUUGUUGUCAACACCCUGGAGUGGACCUGGCCUUUUUUAGAGAAGAUUGACCUAUCAGCCAAUGAAAUCGAGUACAUUGAGCAACAUGUUUUUGAGAGUACUCCCAACCUGAAGGUGCUGAUGCUUGACUCGAAUCGCUUGGCUUCUUUGGACCAACGCAUCCUGGAUUCGUGGUCAUCUCUGGACAGCAUUACCCUGGCAGGCAAUGACUGGGAGUGCAGCCGCAAUGUGUGUGCCUUGGCCUCUUGGCUGAGUGCCUUCAGAGGCCAGCGUGACAGCUCCCUGCUGUGUUCAAGCCCCGACACUGCACAGGGUGAGGAUGUGUUGGAUGCAGUCUAUGCUUUUCAGCUAUGUGAUUCGUCGGCAGAGGUAACCACAGCAGGCCUGUAUGCAUCAACAAGAGAUCUGGCCAAGGGUGGCUCUGUGUUUCUGGGACCUUUUACCCCAAAUCCGUAUGAAGGUGAGGGUAGUGAGGUGGUCACAAGUUCUUAUACUGUCACAGUGGGCCACGACGACCUGGAAAGCACCAUGCAGAUCCACAAGGUAGUGACUGGUACCAUGGCACUCAUCUUCUCCUUUCUCAUCAUGGUCCUCAUUCUGUACGUGGCAUGGAAGUGCUUUCCAGCUGGAAUAAGGCAACUACGGCAGUGCUUCAGCAGUCAGCGUCGUAAGCAGAAGCAAAAGCAAAGCAUGCAGCAGAUGGCUGCAAUUUCUACACCGGAGUACUACGUUGACUAUAAACCUAAUCACAUUGAGGGAGCUUUGGUUAUCAUUAAUGAAUAUGGCUCUUGCACUUGCCAACAGCAACCUUCACGAGAAUGUGAGGUGUGACUGUGCUUUUUGACUACAUCUUUACCUGUGAUUAUGUGGAUAUACAGUAAAUCCCUUUUUGGAUACUAAAGAGAGGGAGAUGUUGUAGAACAAAAGGGAAUUAUUUCAUCUUUUGGACACUUUUUACACAGCGUUUCACUGUGAUGUAGAGGGAGUAUGCUUUACAUGGCUGACUAUGGUGGAUUUAUUGCUACUGCUCUCUACUGCUACUUUGAAAUCAAAAAGCAUAAUGGGCACCUGGCAAUGGGACGUGUUGAUGCUCUGAUGAAAAUCAGAAAGGAAUAUGUUUUGUGUACUGGGAGCUUUUCUCUCACGGAAGGAUAUUUGAGCUUUAAUGUGUCUUUCUAUUUCAGAACAUUUAAAUAUUGUUUAAAGAUAAACUGGAGACAAACAAGAUGAGAAAAAAUAAGGAAAAGAAAAUGAGCAAACCAUUUGUAUUAUGGUGCAUACAAUAUUUGAGGAGCAUUUAAAAUAUAAGAAAAACUGUUUAAUUAAAAAUGUAAAAAUAAAAGUCUGUAAAAUAUGCUAAAAGAAGUGCAAGUGUGGAGAAAUUGAAAAAAAAAAGAUAAUCUAUUUCUUUUGUAAAGUACAAAAAAUGUUUAAAUAAAUGAACCACUAUUCACAGUACACUCAUUUUGUAUGUGAGAAGCCUGUCCCAGUGGAAGAACGACAAUAGAUGUAGUCUUUGUGCUCCUGGACAAGAGAGCCAUGAUUCUACAGUGUAUCAAACCAAAAAAAAAGAGAGGAAAAAGAAAUGGAUGAAAUACUGGGAAAAAAUUAAAAAUGAAAGAGGCAAACAGAUAUCUCCAUUUCACCUCAAACUGCUUCAGCCACAUUUGUUGGUUUACCAUUCAUUGUGUUGUCUUGUUAUUGGCUUAGUUUCUUCCUCAUUCCUUCACUGUGAACAGAUUCAAAAUAAUCAAUUUAAAUUUUGUAAGCAUGUUUUAAUUUUAUCAUAUCGCCGCUCGUGUUGCAUUGAAGUAAAGAAAGCAGAAAGAUCAUAUUCGAGACCGUUCACCGCCCUUUGGCUACAAUAGAACAGAGUUGCAACAUUUGGCCAAUUUAAACACACAACUUCUUCAAUCAUUUAAACCAUGCACAUGUAGAUAAAAAUGUAAUUCAAGUAGUGUCAGAACUCCUGAGGAGAUUAUCCACCAGCUUCAAGCAAUAUUUGCACAUGCGGUGUUUACCACUGUGUUUUCAUGUGAUAUAAAAUGUUUGUUGAAUACAAGGCCAUGCAGGCGUGUGUAUGUGUGUGUAAAUCUUCCUCUGGUCUUCACUGUGUAAAUUAGUGCAAACUAAGAGAUGUGGUGUUUCCUGGCUACUGUGAAAUGAACAGUGUGCUGCGUGAAAGGAGGGGAUGGGGGGUUUGGUUGAUCACCACCACUGCAGAAAGAGGUAACAGACUGCUCUCUAGUGUGCAUAUUCUCAUACUGUGGCUGCAUCUUACAUUCCGUUCACCAUGUUCUGCAGACUCCUACGGCAGGGGCAGCGUAGAUAUACCGAAUUUGCAAAUGCUUUUCUGUGAAAACGAUAAUUUUGCAUCAUUCUGUGUUAUUUUGAAAUAAAUUUAAAAAAGAAGAUGUUUACGAUUUGUAAGUCAGCAGGAAUAAAGUGUUUAAGAAAUCACUGACAAUCAUUACAUGCUCAGUUUCAAAAAGACUACUUUCUUUACCUUGUUCAAGUUCCUAAAAACAAGCCUAAGCAUAAAUGGUAAUCUUGUAUUUCUCAAGAAAAUGCAUUUAAAUGACCCCAAAAAUGGCCAUGUCACAGUGAAGAAUGGUUUAGUCUGGUUUAAAUCGGUGAAACAUGUUAUAGGUGAUAUAAAGCCUGGAGGUAAGAUCAGCCUAAUGAAGAGUGAUGAGAACUGAAAGUCCCUCAGGCAAUUACGUGUCUGAAAGUGGGGAGAAAAGAAUUUGGCAGUAAUUUAGGAUAACCUUGAAUAAUAAAAGAUACUACUCAUUCUGAAAUAGAAUAUAUGCAACAGAAAAUCUUUGCAAUUGGGAAACAUCUUGACAUUAUUUGUUGAAAUAUCACCCAAUUUCUUUAAUGUUACAAUAAUGUUUAACUUAGCAGCCAUCAUAAACUUGUUUUCUUUGCAAUAAAAUUAACUGUCCAAAAAGGUUCAUGUUAGGGUCAAGGAGGGUUUGUUUAGUUUAACAUUUUAGCGGCGCCACAAAGCCUGAUAAUAAGCUUAGCCUGAAGCAAAGACGGUUUAAUUUCCCCAAGUCAAUAAAGUUUCUGAAUGUUCGACAAAAAAAUAAUAAUUUGGCAGUAAUUUAGAAUUACUUUACCAUAUAUGUGAAACUGCUUAUCAUUACAUUGAAAAUAUGUAUGUGAAAAUGUACGCAUUUUAAAAAAGUAUUUUGACAAUACUUUCACAUUGGUCCAAAGAGAAUUUUCAAUUUAUACAAUAAAUUUCCAUUUCAUAAAGAUUCUAAGUAAAAUAGAUUAAACAAAUGGUAAACCUGUGACAGGAUUUUGUAAAAGUAUUACAGAAAUGUAACAAAAUUUAUUCUAGAGGGGCAAAAAUAUUAGCUAGACACAUAUGGCAAACUAGAUUUUCUGCCGUCUUUGACAUCCAGUCAAAGUAUUAAUAUUGAAAAGAUGGAAUAGCUCAGGUUAUCUCAGCAGGUAUGAGCACACACACAACCCUUCCUAGCAUUGUUGAAAAUUGAUUAUAAUAUAAAACUAACCUCAGCAAAGCAAGUUAUAGUAAUAAUUACUAUCAAACCAGUUAGGUAAAAUUUACUUGUCAAACCUGAUGUACAGUGUCCACAAUGUUGCAUGGUAAUGUUUUUAGUAAGUAAAAAAGUUGAUUAACUUCGCUGAACACAUUUAUUUAUUGUCGCUAUGAGGUACUAAAGAAGCAAAAGCACCUCUCUCUGCAAUUUUUUUGCCGUGAGCCAUGCUUUUCGAGAACAAUAAUGGCUCAAAGUUGCCAUGUGGGAAUUUAUGAUCCAUUUCAUAUUUAUGGUAGCAAAGGUGUUCCACUUUAAGACUCAACAUGGCUGUUAAUCAUGUCCUGUCAGAUCAUGAGAAUGCAAAUGACUGCUGUAGCAAUCAUGACGAGGACUGAGAUUUAUUUCAUCCUCACAUCCUGUCAAGAAUUUCAGCCCUGUUGAAACAGGCUGAAACAGGCCCUUAAACAUGCAACUGCAGGGUAAAUUUGAGGCUGAGGCCUCAUUUAUAUAAAUAUUAGAUGAUACCCGACAUCGAGGGCUGGGAUUGGUAUGGCUAUUGAUUUCAUUUCACUCUUUUCUUAAACAAGCAAGCAGGGCGAAAGGUGAUCGAGAAUGGCUUUGAAUAUUUUAAUAGCUUUGAGUCUUUGGGGCCGACAUUAAACUACUUUGGAAUUCUUUCUAUCUCUGCUCACCUUUACCUCUUGUCUCUUUUCACUCUCUGUGUUUGUAAGGUGGACCGAAUAAGGAGAAAAACAUCAAUUCAUCUAACUGACAACAGAUCAAAUCUCUGCUUGACCCGAGCUUGAGGUGAUGAUUCCCAGAAGGGAGAUAGGUGCUCUCAGACAGCAUCCAUUAUAAAUGUCUUGAUUGAUGAUCCUCGGUAAAAAUCAAUACAGAUGAGUGGUAACCAAAAGGAUCACAGUGGCAAUAAUGUGUUCAACCCUCCUAUAUAUUUUCACAACUAAAUAAUUUGUAAUACGGAAACCCUCCAGUACUUUUAGUAAUAAUAAAUGUUUCACAUUCCAACUGCAUGGUACAAGCACUAAUGAGGUUGUGAUUUAUUUUUUAAAAGUUGUGUUGUUUUGUUUAAAGGUAGUAUAUGAGGGGAGCAGAACACGUCAGAAGUGCAGCUGUUUUAGAUGUGCUAAAUGAUAUUCAGCCCACAUGCUAACAAAUGCCAAGUCAUUGUUUUGUGUGCAAAAAUGUAAGUUUGAAAUGACAGACACAGUCAUGAUUCUUCAACAACAGAUAUUCAUUCAGGUAAAGUCUGUCAAUAACUCCACCUUUAAUGUCAAUAAAGGUAGAGUUAUGUCAAA